CUAAUUUCCCUAUAGAUAGCUCUUCGAUCGCCAUUUCCGUACGCCGAUUGGUGCUGUGUGUAUCGUUCGCAAUAUGGCAAUAAUAAAAUGUAUAAGUUUUAUAUAAAGUUAAUUUAUAUUAAAUAAAAAUAUAUCGUAUAUAAAUACAGUGCAGGUGAAAUAAUCUUUAAGAAGAUUUUAAUCAAAUCACUUUUAAGGAAAUAAAAUCGUGUAAGUUGAACACGUGGUUUUAAACUUAACCUUAAAGUGAAAACAAGAUGGGCCAUCGUAAAAAGGGACGUUGUGUUAAGCGAAAUAAACAAUUAAAUAUAGAAGAAAAAGAAGAUUUAGUAAAAGCUCCUCACUCGUUUGUAAUUCAUCGUGGUUUACCAGGAGAACACAUAAUAGAAUUAACUAAGGAUUUUCGUAGAGUUAUGGAACCAUUUACUGCUAGUUCGUUGAAAGCUAGAAAACGUAAUAGUAUUAAGGAUUUUGUAUCAGUUGCCGGUGUGUUACACGUUAGUCAUUUAUGUAUUUUUACAAGAACAGAACUUGGGAUGUAUCUUAAACUCUGCAGGUUACCCAGAGGACCGACGCUCACUUUUAAAGUACAUAAUUUCUCGUUAGCAAAAGAUGUAGUAUCUACAUUAAAAAAACAAAUGGUAUUUGAAGAAGCUUUUAAAAAUUCUCCUUUAAUUGUAUUAAAUAACUUUAGUGGAGAGGGUAUGCAGUUAAAAUUAAUAGCUUCAAUGUUUCAAAACAUGUUCCCAACUAUAAACUUAACUAAUGUUGAUUUAAGUACAAUUCGUCGUUGCGUAUGCUUAAAUUAUAAUACAACUACAAAAAUAAUUGAUUUUAGACAUUAUGCUAUUAAAGUUGUACCCGUUGGUUUAUCAAAAGGUGUUACAAAAUUAGUAAGAGCUAAAAUACCGAAUCUUUCAAAAUGUCAAGACUUUUCAGAGUUUUUGACAAAAUCGACAGUAUCCGAAAGCGAAGCGGAAGACGAUCCUACCAGUCAUGUUACGUUAUCGCAAAAAUUAUCAUCUCGAGGAAAUCAUGAAAAUACUACUAGUGCUAUUAGACUUUCUGAAUUAGGGCCAAGAAUUACUUUACAAUUAAUGAAAGUAGAAGGUGGACUUCUCGAUGGCGAGGUUUUGUUUCACGAAUUUAUUCAUAAAACUGAAGAGGAAAAACUUCAAAUACAAAAGAAACGGGAGGAGAAGAAAAAGCUUAAAGAAAAAAGAAGAAAGACACAGGAGGAAAAUAAAAAGAAGAAAGAAUUGAGAAAAGAAGAACAUAAAGAAAAAUCAUUAAAAGGAAUGCAAAAGAAAAAGGAAAUUGCAAAAGAAUCUAUGGAAGAAAGUGUUGUAGAAGAAGAAGAAGACGACGAUGCUCAAUAUUAUCGAGAAGAAGUAGGAGAAGAACCUGAGAAGGAAUUAUUUGAAGGAAAAACUAGUCAAAAAAGGCGACAUAAGUUUAUACCAAGGUAUAAAACAAAAAAAUUAAAAAAAAAUAUAUCUGAAAAUGAAACAAAUGAAUAAAAAAAUUUGUGAUGAAAUUCAUACAGAAAUUAAUAUAGAGAGAACUACAAUUGUUAUUUAAA